GCCAUGUGGAAGACGAUUGUUUUGGUGGUCGUGUUCAUGUUCAGCCCUGGUGGCGGGAUCUUUCACUCCUUAUACAAAAAUGUUCGGGUUUCCGUACCACAUAAGGGAAACGUAGGAGAGCCAUUAUUUCUUACUCCCUAUAUUGAAGCUGGGAAACUUGAAGAAGCAAAAAAACAGAGUUUGGUUCCUCCUUUCCCUGGAUCGAAUGUGAAGAGUUACGCUGGCUACAUCACUGUGAAUAAGACCUACAACAGCAACAUUUUCUUCUGGUUCUUUCCAGCUCAGGUACAGCCCAUGGCUACUCCAGUAGUUCUCUGGCUGCAGGGUGGGCCAGGAGGUUCAUCCAUGUUUGGACUUUUUGUGGAGCACGGACCUUAUAUUGUCACAAGUAACAUGACUGUGCGUCCCAGAGAGUUUUCUUGGAUCACCACAUUUUCCAUGCUUUACAUUGAUAAUCCAGUGGGCACAGGGUUCAGUUUUACUGACGACCCCCAGGGAUACGCAGUCAAUGAGGAUGAUGUGGCACGGAAUUUAUACAGUGCACUAACUCAAUUUUUCCUGUUGUUCCCUGAAUAUAAAAACAAUGACUUUUAUGCCACGGGGGAGUCUUACGCAGGGAAGUACGUGCCAGCCCUUGCACACUAUAUCCAUACAUUGAACCCUGUGAUGACAACGAAAAUCAACCUGAAAGGAGUUGCUAUUGGGGACGCAUAUUCUGAUCCCGAAUCAAUCAUAGGGGGCUAUGCAACAUUCCUGUACCAAAUUGGCUUAUUGGAUGAGAAGCAGAGAAAGUACUUCCAGAAGCAGUGUGAUGACUGCGUGAAAUACAUCAGGGAGGAGAGGUGGUUUCAAGCCUUUGAAGUACUGGAUAAACUACUAGAUGGUGACUUAACAAACAGCCCUUCUUACUUCCAGAAUGUCACAGGAUGUCCUAGUUACUAUAACCUGUUACAGUGCAAGGAACCCGAGGACCAAAAUUACUAUGGGAAAUUUUUGUCCCUCCCACAAGUGAGACAAGCCAUCCACGUGGGAAACCGGACUUUUAGUGAUGGAUCCCAAGUUGAAAAGUACAUGCGAGAAGAUACAGUAAAGUCUGUUAAGCUAUGGUUAGCUGAAAUCAUGGAUAAUUAUAAGGUACUGAUCUACAAUGGCCAACUGGACAUCAUUGUGGCAGCCUCCCUGACAGAGCGCUCUUUGAUGGCCAUGAAGUGGAAAGGAUCCCAGGAAUACAAGCAGGCAGAAAGAAAAGUCUGGAAGAUCUUUAAAUCCGAUAACGAAGUGGCCGGUUAUGUGCGGCAAGUGGAUGACUUCUGUCAGGUAAUUGUUCGAGGUGGAGGGCACAUUUUACCCUACGACCAGCCGCUGAGAUCUUUUGACAUGAUCAAUCGAUUUGUUUUCGAGAGAGGAUGGGAUCCUUAUUGAUGG